GGCCUGAUCUCACGCCGCAUGUUUGUUUUCUCACAGUCCUGUCGGGUGGGCAGCACAGUCCUCUGAGGCGUUCAGUGUCUCUGACCCCUCCGAUGAGCGGCGGAUCUAACCAGCCUCUGGGGCACGGAUGGCUCUCCCAGGAGGACCUGCGUCCCCGCGGGCCGGCCCCUGACCACGCCCCCAUCUCUCCUCAGAGCAGCGUGGCGUCCUCGGGCAGCGGAGGCAGCGAGCACCUGGAGGAACACGCUGCUGUCCGAAGUACAUUCCAUGAGGAGGGCAGCGGGAUGAGGGAUGUGCCGUCAUGGCUGAAGAGUCUCCGUCUCCAUAAGUACGCUGGGCUCUUCUCCACCAUGACCUAUGAUGAGAUGAUGUCAAUGACGGAGCAGAAGUUGGAAGCUCAGCAAGUCACCAAAGGGGCACGGCACAAGAUCAUCAUCAGUAUUCAGAAGCUGAAAGACAGACAAAACAUGCUACGCUGUUUGGAGAAGGAUAUUUUGGAGGGAGGGAAUCUACGUGCUCCUUUGCAGGAGCUCCACCAGAUCAUCCAGACACCCAUUAAAGCCUGCAGCACAGAGGAGUCUUCACAGCGCCACCUGCUGAGCGCAGAGGGGAAGAGCAGCAUGGCCAGUUCCCACCUGGGCGGAGGAGAGACGGAGGGCAGCUCCACGGUCAUAGCCGAGGGAGACAUCCCUGCUCAAUUCACUCGCGUCAUGGGCAAAGUUUGCACACAGCUCCUUGUCUCCGGGUCAGAUGAGGAGAACAUUAGUUCCUACCUACAGCUUAUUGAUAAGUGCCUAAUCCAUGAGGCCUUCACAGAGACGCAGAAGAAGAGGUUGUUAUCAUGGAAACAGCAGGUGCAGGUGCAGUUCCGGUCAAUUUCACGGAAAACUCUCCUUGACCUAACAGGACAGAGAAGAAGCAGUCGUUACGGUCAGUCCAACUCCCUCCCAACCACGGGCUGCGUAGGCAGCAGCGUUCCCACCCGGAGGAACCUGCGGCAGUAUCAGAUGCGGAGUUUGCCUGGUGUUAGACCCGUCCUUUUGAGUACCACCGGCCUGUUCGGACCAACCCCCCGAAGCAGCAGCAGCACUCCAGCCGGCCUGAAGCAGGGAAGACAGGGUUUGUGGUUUGCCAAUCCAGGGGGCAGUAACAGCAUGCCCAGCCGCACCCACAGCUCAGUUCAGAGGACCCGAUCGCUACCCGUCCACACCAACCCACACACUAUGGCCAUGUUCCAGCAAACAGAUUUACAGGUGCCUGUGACUGAGCCUGACAUCAAUAACCGUUUGGAGUCUCUGUGUCGCAGCAUGACUGAACACGCUCUGGGAGAUGGCGUUGAUCGAACUUCAACCAUCUGAGAGAAGAAAAGGGGGCACACAGGGAGAAGGCAUGCCUGGCAGCAGGGGGAAAGGUCAUCACGAGGUCACAAGCCUCUCUGCCUAUAAACUCCCCCCCUCCACCUGCUCACCUACCAAUGACAAAUAGCCAAUAAGAGAGGUGGGGCGUGGUCUACACAGUGCCAUUCACCAUUUUCUGAAAGGAUUACCACAAGCAAGUUCUGUCACUAUGACUACUUCAGCGUGUUUACAUUCGAGUUUGGGAGAAAAUCACAUCUUCAGCACUUCCUUAGAACGCCGCAAAGGGUCUACGUGUCGACAGGCCAUUAGAGGGGGUCCGUAACGCAACGGAGACAACUCAAAGCGUUCAGGUGGCGGUCUGGGACGUCACAAAUUCCAAACCAACCAGUAGAAAAAACCAGAUCAAGAUUCGAGUUACAGAUUCGAUUUCUGUGCCUCUGUGCAGAUGUGAAAAAUAUUACAUUAUAGUAUGUUUACACGUAAUACUGUCAAGAAAAUCAGAAGUCAUUUUUUUCAGGUGCGAGCGUUGUCAAAAUCCGAGAACGGUGUACAGCUUUAGGUUCCCAAAUGGCUUCAUACUAGUUUACAAUUGUGUUUGUAUUUAUUGUUUUGUUGUUGUAGUUUUCUUUUGAGCCAGCAGGAAAGCUGAUUUACAACACUACAAAGACAGUAAGAGCUACGGAUGGUACUCAGAAGAAAGAGAGGGAACAUGAGAGCAGAGAUGGGAAAGGAAACAGGAAGUGAUGUCAGCAGAAGGGUCUGUAGAGGGAGCGAGGAAUGUCGUACAUGGAUUCUGAUGUAAGGAAUAGUAGAGGGAGAUCAGGAGGUCAGAGGAAUAUAGGAGAAAUGCCAGCAAAUGCAAGUAGAUGGAAAGGUUGAAGAGGAGCAGGUGAACAUAGAGGUCAGAGGUGCGCAAGUCCAGACAGAAUAUGCAGAAAUAUAUAAAAUAAUAGAAAUCAU